AUGAUUUAUUGUUACCACUUUAAUGUUGUCAUGACUUGUUCAGGCUGCUCCGACGCUAUUCAUAGAUCCUUGAGCAAAUUAGGACCUGAAGUGACUGACAUUGAUAUUUCGCUUGAGAAUCAAUAUGUUGAAGUGUUCACUACAUUACCAUAUGAAUUUAUCCUAGAUAGAAUAGAAAGGACUGGAAAAGAGGUUCUAUCUGGAGGAUUGAAAACAAGCGAAUAA